AUUAAUAUAAAUAUCGUUUUACCCUUAAAAAGCUAAUGCAAACAUAAUAAACUUUUACGUGCGAGUGAAAAUACUAGAUAUCAGUUGUUUGCAAGUCUGUUUGUGGGAAACCCGAGGGUUUGUGUACAGUUCAUUAUUAUAUGUAUCCGCAAUUAAGGUGUCAUAUAGUUAAGCCUUGGAUAAACUGACUUUCCAUACAUUUACUACCGAGAUUUUAUAAGACCACCAGCGGGGUAUAUAUAAGAGACGUUUUAGUGUUUGGAGGUGUCAAAGGAUUGCGAAUUUGAUGACAAAAGUUUCGGAGAUGUGUGAGAAGACGAGCCAGAGUUCUUAUACCACUGGGAACAGUGAUGAGGAGAAAUAUGAAUUGGUUCCCCCUGAAGGUGGAUGGGGGUAUAUGGUGUGCGUCGGACUAUCUGUUAUAUUUAUUGCCGGAACAGCUCAUCAGCCAGUAUUCGGAUUUAUUUAUAACGACUUCCUGGACGAUUUGGGGGUAGGCACGGGAGCUGUCACUUUAGUAUACGGAGUGUUCCAAGUCACAUUAGCUAUCUCUGGGUUCUCUGCCAAUAUUGCUCUGAAGAGGCUAUCAUUACGCCAAGUCGGGUUAAUAGGAGCCUGUAUUUACACUCUAGCAUCAUUCUUGGCAAUAUUCGUCGUAUCCACGACACAGCUGAUAAUAACUAACGGAUUUCUACAAGGCAUUGGAAUGGGUCUCCUGAUACCCGUAUCAUAUACGAGCUUUAAUAGUUACUUCACGAAAAAGAAAGUGCUUUAUUUGAGUCUGUGUAAGGCGUCUAUUGGUCUAGUCACGAUGGUGUAUCCUCUUUUCAUCAAGUUUACGAUAACGGAGUUUGGGUUCAGAGGGACACUGGCUAUAUUAUGUGCCAUAUCAGCUCACAGUAUCUUCGGAGCUCUAGUCUUGCAUCCAGUACAGUGGCAUAUGGUGAAGCAGCCGAAGCCUUGCGAGAAGAUUGUUUUAAUUCCGCCUACCCCGAUAACGGCAACCGCGGAGGAGAAGGACAAAUUCGAUUUCAGCAAGGGGAAUGGAUCACCGAAGUCAGACAAUGCCAAGUCCGUGGAAAAUCUGUUCCUGUUCAAUCGCACUGAUACCACAAAGGGCGCGGAAUGGCUAUGUGUGCCGAAAUUAGCUGAUUCCCGUCGUUUGAGCAUCCCUGUGGUUUUGAUCCCAAGCGAAUCGAGCAAAUUCGAUUCAACCGACAAUGUUUACUUAGAGAACCUGUACAAGGCUGCAUCUGUAUCCAGUUUGGGCAACUUCGGGUCAAUAGCCGCUGAACCCAUGCCGAUUAUCAAGAAUAAGGAAGGAAAAUGGCAAACAAUAGCAGAUUAUUUGGACCUGACCCUGUUGAAGGAUCUCGUGUAUGACAACAUCAUCUUCGGAAUGUCCCUGACUUUCUUCGCUGACCUCACUUUCUUCACAUUGGAACCACUGUUUCUUGGCAAAUGUAAUCUAAGUCGGACGGAGAUAGCAAACAUCAUAUCUCUCGGUGGAGCUACUGACAUGGCGGCGCGGUUGCUGUUGGGGGUUGCUGGCCAGUUCUGCGUUAUGAACAGCCGUUACAUGUUCUUUACUGGAGCUCUUUUGGCUGCUGUCUUCAGACUAGUGUUCAUCCAAUUCACAACGUACAUGCCUCUGCUGAUCAUCACGGGUAUCCUCGGUGCUCUGCGUUCACUGGUCCACAUAGCGCAGCCCAUAGUCAUGGCUGAACAUGUGCCUAUUGAACGGUACCCCCCAGCUUAUGGACUCUACAUGCUUUUAGCUGGAGGAAUCAGCUUGAGCGUCGGCCCUACUAUCGGUUUUCUCAGAGACUAUACAGGCAGCUACAUCAUCGCCUUCAACAUGCUUACAGUCUGCAAUCUUUGUUGCGUCGUCCCUUGGACCAUAGAAGCUAUUCUCGGAUUUACAUACAAGAAGACUCCAAUGAAAAGCAUACCAACAUGAACUUAGUCAAAUGUGAACAAACACUGCCAUAUAGGAUAGAACAAAGAAGAAAAUGAAAUGCAUUCCAUGAAUGUAAUUGAACACGUAAUAGGUGUUAAAGACUUGAAACCAGUUCGCAGCAAAAGAGACCUUUUUAAAUAACUUUUAAGCUGUAAAAGUGAUCUUUUUUAAAAACAUUUAAGUUUAAAAAAAGAAUGAUAAGUGUAAUCUCCACUAUUAAGAGUCUGAACAUUUUAUUUUCAAUUUUCGAUGUCAUUAAACCCGCAACAAAGUUGACAGGCUGGUAACCUGACACGGUUUGCUAUUUCAUCUGUGGACACCAGAAUGUACGAAAGUUAAAAGGACAACUUCACAGUAGUUUCAAGUCGCACUCUCCUUGACUCAAAUUGCCUUAAUUGUGUCUAACCUUUUGUGGAUGACAGUAAUGGUAAUAGAACAAGAGGAAGGAGAGACAGCUAUUGAGUAUGUGGUCAAAGUACAGACAUUCUAGACUAUUCUAUAUUAUAUUUUCAAACAAAAUCCAAAUUUUUGUAAUUCUAAAUGUUUGUAUUUGUUGUGCUUUCUACAAAAUACGUGAAUUGCUCAUAGCAACUGAAUUAAAGUAAACUACGUAUAUACGUUCUAAGGAAUGAAGAUCUCAUUGUUUAUAAGAAAACCUAGUCUGUACAUUUGUUAAUAAAAUGUUAUUUUAAUUAGUA